AUGAACCUGUGCGCUUCUCUGAAACGAGAAGUGCGUCAUGCGGGUUUCGGUCAAGCCUGCCUUGAUCAUCUGUCUAGGGAAAUUCCUGAUCGAAGAAGGAUUCGUCAGCGUUGGUUGGAUGUCUUUCCACGCAUGUUAUUGUCUUACUUCCAUGGAAGUGGAAAAUCUGAUCUUGCCACCUUUCCCAUUUGUUUGGGAGAGGUCAUAGCUACCGAAAUGAAGUUUUGCAGAGGUGGAUCUAUAGAAGUCUGUCGGGAACGUUUGUUAGGAAAAGGAGAGCCAAUUUUAGAGUUGGCUGCGCGUAACGGUUUAGGCGUUAGGGCAUCAUCGGAAAACGAAAGAUUUCCGACUACCACCUCCACACUUUUCAGCCCACGCUACCAUACGGAAUGA